AUGGCAACUACAAUGACUACAAUGGCUAUGAUCAAUGCCAAAUGCCUCAACGCCAAUACAAAGGGUGCUUUUAACCCCUCCAAGAAACCAAUCUCUCCUCUCUCCAUACGAAACCUUCCAAAAGGGCUCAUCACCAUCACCUCGAAGCCAUUAGGAGUCUCGAGCCUGGCCGGAACUACUCUUGCCGGAGUCAUAUUCUCCACACUCAGCUCCUCUGAUGCUGCCUUUGCUGCCCAACAAGUUGCUGAAAUAGCCGAAGGUGAUAACCGGGGACUUGCCCUUCUACUACCUAUCAUUCCAGCCAUAGCUUGGGUUCUUUUCAACAUUCUUCAACCUGCUCUUAACCAGAUUAACAAAAUGAGGAGUGUGAAAGGGGUGGUCGUCGGGCUUGGGCUAGGUGGACUGACGGGCUUGAGUUUCAUGCACCCGCCAGAGGCAUCUGCCAGCGAAAUGGUCAUGAUUGCGGAUGCUGCCACAAGUGACAGCAGAGGCCAGCUCUUGCUGUUUGUGGUCACUACUGCCAUUCUUUGGGUGCUUUACAACAUUUUGCAACCGGCUUUGAACCAGAUCAAUAGGAUGAGAUCAGAUUGA